AGAGUUGUAGGCACAUUUCGUGACUCAUAGACAGUUAAAAAGCUCGGAGGUCAGAGGGACGGUGCAUCGCGCAUGGCUGCUCCGGCAAACAGACCGCGCGAUACGUGAGUUCCACUUCCACCGCAGCGGCGGAACACACGGGUAGAGUGGUGGACGCGGGCGGCGGGCGGGGAUCUAGAUCUCUCGACUCCACGGACGAACGCGCGCACCUAGCCUCUCUCAGGUCCAAACCUAACCUCCCCUGAGUCCACACCGCCGUUGAGCGCAACGCCGCCACCCCUCCCGGCGCCGGAUCCUCCGCACCGCCGGCACAGCCGGUCCACUUCCGCCGCCCACCUGCCCGCCACCGCGGCGAGGUUCCUUCGCCAGGUCUAGUGGGUUGGAGUGGAGCGGAGAUCCACCUGGGCGCGGACUAUCGAUUCCUUCGUUGUUUGCUGGCACUAGAAGGGCAGCUGCAUUUGUAGACUUGUCUCACAAUGGCCUAUGAUGGAGAGGAGGAACAAAGUCAGGAUUAUCUAUUCAAAAUUGUUCUGAUUGGUGACUCCUCUGUUGGUAAAUCAAACUUGCUAGCAAGAUUUGCACGGAAUGAGUUCUAUCCAAACUCUAAAUCCACUAUAGGAGUGGAGUUCCAGACGCAAAAGUUGGUAAUUGAUGGAAAGGAAAUUAAAGCUCAGAUAUGGGAUACUGCUGGACAAGAGCGCUUCAGAGCAGUCACAUCUGCUUACUACCGAGGCGCUGUUGGAGCUCUUCUUGUUUAUGAUAUUAGCAGGCGCCAGACUUUUGAUAGUGUUGACCGAUGGCUUAAUGAACUGCACAUUCACUCCGAUAUGAAUGUUGUCACAAUUCUGGUGGGCAACAAGGUGGAUCUCAAGCAUGCACGUGAGGUGAGCACUGCCGAAGGACAAGCCCUGGCCGAGGCUCAGGGCCUCUUUUUCAUGGAAACCUCAGCCCUAGACUCAUCAAAUGUUGCAGCAGCUUUCCAAACUGUUGUUAAGGAGAUCUACAGCAUACUAAGCCGGAAGGUAUUUCAAUCGCAAGAGCAGAAGAGAAGUGAGCUCCGGUCAUUAAGCAACGGGAAAGCUGUGGUGCUGCAGGGUGAGACCAAUGAAACAAACAGUGGUGGGAGGUGGUGCUGUUCAUCAUAACCUUUAUUCACUGUUGCAUUGCCGAAGGUGCGCCUGAUGAUUAUCUAUCUAUCCAGGACUGCCUGUGUCGAGUGGGAUAGGAUUGGGAGACACAUCUGGGUAUGUAAUGCUGCAGUUCUGGUUUGUGAAAAGUUGUUUUUCCAUGUUCUUCUAAAGGUGAGCUGACAAGGCUGGUUGCAUGAAAAUUGUGUUUUCCAUCAGAGGAAAUCAAUGUAUAGUUCGAUUGAUCCUUGGAGGUAUUGGUAUACGUGAUUGUGUAAAGAGAAAGUGCGACCAACUGGCUGUUGUGUCAUUAUCAUUGUAGUCCUAGAAACCGUGCUUUCAUUCUGCAUCAUUCUAGUCCUAUGCACCAACGUUCUAUGCAUCGUGCUGUAAGAAAUCUACUUAAAGAUGGCACCUGAAAAAACGCUUGUAGAUUCAAUACCCGAGCAUAGUACUGCAAGGGAUUUUGUUUCCAAA